CUAUAAAUAACCCUACAUAGCCUCACCUAGUUCGCUAAUUUCAUUCAAUCUGAGUUUUAAUCGAGUUCGAAGAGGGGUAGAGAUGGCUGGGGGAGGUAUAGCUCCAUCUGGUGGAAAAAAUUACCCCGGUAAAUUCACAAAGAGGGUUUUCAUAACAUGUCUUGUCGCAGCGUUUGGAGGUUUAAUUUUCGGUUAUGAUCUUGGAGUUUCAGGCGGAGUAACGUCCAUGGACGUAUUUUUGAAGGAGUUCUUUCCGAAGGUCUACUUGAAGCAGUCUUCCGCCUCUGUUUCUACGAAUCAGUACUGUAAAUUCGACAGUGAAACAUUGACGCUCUUUACGUCGUCGCUAUAUUUGGCCGCUCUGGUUUCAUGCCUCUGUGCCUCCACUAUAACUAGAGCCUUAGGUAGGAGGGUCACAAUGCUUGCCGGUGGACUUCUUUUCCUAUUCGGUGCACUUCUCAAUGCCUUCGCUCACUCCGUCGGGAUGCUUAUUGCUGGUCGCCUGUUCCUUGGUUUCGGCAUUGGAUUUGCCAAUCAGUCUGUGCCGAUCUAUCUAUCUGAGACAGCACCAUACAGAUUCCGCGGUGCACUCAACAUGAUGUUCCAGUUGGCAAUUACAAUUGGAAUUCUUGUUGCUGGUUUGGCCAACUAUUUGUUCGACUUGAAGUAUAAAAACCAUGGAAAUCUAGCCUGGCGUUUGAGUUUGGGCGGCGCUGCAGUCCCUGCUGUGUUUAUCAUAUUGGGAUCAUUCUUCCUCCCUGACACACCAAACUCUUUGAUUGAGCGUGGCAAGCAUGAGGAAGCAAAAGCCCAACUCCUCAAGCUCCGUGGUAUUGACAACGUCGACGAGGAGUUCAACGAUUUGGUGGAGGCUAGUGAGGCUGCUAAGCUGGUCAAACAUCCAUGGUCGACACUAUUGACAAGGAAAUACAGGCCCCAGCUUGUAUUCGCCAUCUGCAUUCCUGCUUUCCAGCAACUCACUGGCAUGAAUGUGAUCACUUUCUAUGCUCCUGUCUUGUUCAAAACUGUAGGAUUCGGAAGCAGUGCAUCUCUCGCUUCUGCUCUGAUCACUAAUGGGGUUAAUUUUUUGGCAACUUUUGUUUCAAUUGGUCUUGUUGACAAGUUUGGGAGAAGGAUCCUUUUCUUGGAGGGUGGUGUGCAGAUGUUCGUAACUCAGGUCGUAGUUGGAGGUGCAAUGGCUUGGAAAUUUGGUACUAGUGGCAACCCUGGUGAACUAUCCAAGGGUUUUGCUGCAACUCUGGUGACCUUAAUCUGCAUCUAUGUUGCCGGAUUUGCUUGGUCCUGGGGACCUCUAGGAUGGUUGGUACCAAGUGAAAUUUUCCCGCUGGAAGUUAGGUCAGCUGCUCAGGCCAUCAAUGUCUCUGUCAACAUGAUCUUCACCUUUGCCAUAGCCCAAGUGUUCACUGCGAUGCUCUGCCACAUGAAGUUUGGAUUGUUCUUCUUCUUCUCUUUCUUCUUGUUCGUGAUGAGUUGCUUCAUCUUCAAGUAUCUGCCGGAGACCAAGGGGGUUCCCAUCGAAGAGAUGGGGAGGGUGUGGGAGCAGCACCCUUUUUGGCGCAAGUAUGUGGUUCAAGACAAAGGCAUAGCGAUGGGCAAGGCGGCACAGAAUGUCUAA